AUAAUGUGGAAAGCACAUUGGAAUAAAAAGUCAUUUUUUCAUAUUCUCAGCAGAAAUGCAACCAGCUGCUAGUAGUUAUCAAGUAAAUAACUGAAUAUAAAUCGAAUAUUUAAAAUACAGAAUAAUAUAUAUGUUGAAAAAAUAAAUGACAAAUGCCAUUUUAACAAGUCUGAGAACGAAAAAGAAAAUAAAAGUACAUUUGAGGAUGAAAGGUUUGAUGAUUCAGUGUUACAUUUUUCAAAAUAAAAGUUUAGAAAUAUGAAGAGUGCUUUAAUUAAGUACAAGCGAGACCAGACUUAACUUCUUUAACUCUUUCUCAUUACACAAUUUAAUCUUUUUAUUGUUGAAACUGCAAAGAAAAACUGCUGUCUGAAUCCAUCAGGAGCAAAAAAGUUUGUGUUUUUUUACUGGUUUACACAAUUAGAACCUCUUUAUUGAUAGACAGACAAUGGUUAAAUCACUUUUUGUAAAUAUUAAAAUAUUUUUUGUUGAUGACUGAAUGAAGGCUGUACAUUUUAAGAUUGAACUCAUAACUCAUCCCAGUAAAAAUCUCGACAUAAUCUUGACUAGGAAAAUAAAACCUACAUAUUUUAAUAGAUGCUGUGAUAAAAGGAUGUGACUUCAUUUGUCUUAAUGUCUGUAGUUGUUGUUGUAAGAAGUGCCUCAUGCAUGCAGAGUGUAAUCACUGUUUGCUUUCUCUGCACAGACCUAUGUGGGCAGGAAGAGGGCAGCUGUGGACCGGAUUUGUGUUGGUGUUCCUGCAGGAGAGGUAGAGUCAUUGAGUUUGUUUAUACUGAGAGCUACUACGUCUGGUUUUAUAUGUAUAAUUAAAGCUUUCCUCUUUUAUUCACUCAAAUAAACAUAGAUUUGUUUUUCUUUCUCUGCGCUCUCUGCUAGAAAUAAGUAGGACAUGUUGUUUACCAUCAGCAGCCGAGAACAUGAAGUAUGUUUACUGCGUAUACGUUCCCAUGACAUUGAGUAUAGAUACGAGGACAUUUCCUGUACAUUCAUGGAGUGAAAUAGAAAAUUAUAGUUUCUAAAGGUUAUCAGAGUCGUUCAGAGUGUUAUUGCCAAGCAUGCCCUCAUAUCCACCGUCUGAUUGUCUUUUAUCCUGAUAGUGCUUCGGUCUCCUGGGAGUUAAUGGAGCUGGAAAGACAACAACCUUCAAAAUGCUGACUGGUGACACCGAUGUCACCUCGGGGGAGGCGACUGUGGCUGGCUACAGGUACAUAAAGAUCAGUGGAAACUGUCCCCGCUCCAUUGAACACAGACCCCGCUCAGGACCUGAUCAGAUGGUAUUUGUGAAGUCAAAACUUUGCUCUCAGUUUAUCCUGCGUGCAGUUCCAGAUGGGAGAUGACCAGAAACAGCCCAGUGAGUCAGAAAGUUUAAUCACAGGAAGGUCAAUCUGUCAUUAAUCUGUUUGAUGUCACUGGCAAUAAAAUCUCCCCAUGUGGCACUCGAUAGAAAAAGGAGUGAGGGCUUGCUGGUUAUUUUGUAUAUUUUUGUUUAUUUGCUGCAUCAAACAGGACCUGCAGUGUCAUGUAUUAUAUAUAUUAUAUAUUUUUAUACUGUUACAAAGAUGAGAGAGUAAGUAGUAGGGCUGGGAUGAUAUGCUUUUCUCCUGAUUCCAUUCUUCUACGAUUUUUUGUAUGCCAAUUUGAUUUAAAUUGCGAUUCUACAAUAUUGUCGAUUUUCUCAGUAUUCAGUCUGCAUUUUUAACACCAGUGAAGCAGUUGAAUGAUUUUGAUUGUUUACUGACUAUUCCAGGAACCAUAUUUCCCCAAAAUAAUACACAUCACAUGUAAGUCAGUUUUUAAGAUUUAAGGUCCUUACACACCGGGAACGACGCAAAUAUACAACGCAAAUAAAUAUAUACAUAUACACAUCAAGCGCGAUGCCAUUUUUUGACUUUUUUGGGCUAAAAAAAAGACGCAUCCCGGGUGGAAGCGAGAAGACUGACACAACACCAGACUGACUGUUUUCAGUUCUGAUUAGACACUAGUGUUGAGAUGGCUGUCUGUCAUGAUAGCGUGUACUGAGUCUGGGCCAGUACCAGAUAAACACAUUAAACUAUAAUCCAUAAACAUAAAGUAACAAUGUGAAUGAUGUGAAUGCUUGUAUUGACAGGAUAUGGGUUCAAAAUAAAAUAUUGACGUCUGAAAUAAUCGUACAAAAAAAACACUCCUGGUGUGAAAGGACCUUUAGUCUUAAAUUAAAAAACUACAACAACAACAACAAAAAGAUUUUUGAACAUAAGAAUCAUUUUAAAAAUUGUAAAACAAAAAAUCACGAUACUUAUGUGAAUCAAUUUUUUCUCCCACCCCUGGUAAAUAAUAAUGCAACAGUAAUACAAUAUAAUAGGUUUAAUCUCCUUCAAAAUAAGCAUACUAUUAUGAAAUAGAAGUUGCACAGUUGUAUGAGAGGCUGUCUGUCUUUAGAGGAGACUGUUAAUACUUGGAGACUUACAUCAUGCUCAGCAAUGUGCAGUUUUUAUGCAGAUGUGUAGCUCUUCCUGGUAUGUUUUUUUAUUCCCACUGUGUUGCACAGAUAGGUCAGACUGGUCCACCUUGCCAAGUCUCAAGUGCACCUUUCAAACUGAAGCAGUCUUUUGCUUCCUCAAUGUAUGUUUCUUAUUGGAACAUACAUGAAUAAGCGAACAUGGAAAAAAAAAAGUGAUAUAAUGACUAUUUUAAAAAGUAAAACAUAGAAAAUUAGCAAGCUGAAUGUGGCUAAAAAGGUUGGUUCCUGUUUCCAUCUAACUCUCACUUUUUUCUGCUUUGUGAACUAAUAUUUAGCUCGGACCAGAAGGGGUUGGGCUUUGUUUGAAUUACCAGGAUCUGUAUUUGUAACAGGUCCAGUAUUUAUGUAUAUGCGUCGAGUUUCCCAUUUAUUUUGAAUAUUAGUUAUUAUAACAGAGCAUGUGCUCAUAUGUUGAGUUAGGAGGCAGUUUCUGAUAAGACUGUGAACUCUCGGUGUGGUUGUUCUGCCUUAUCCGGCGCUCUAAUAUGCUGCCGCAGUCAUAUUGAUGUUAAAAACUAAUUUCCAUGUUAUUUUUAACAUUUUGAGAGAGGGGAAAUACGCCCAAUUAUCCUUCCACAUAUCUUGCUUGGAUGAAUAAGCCCCUCAGUCUGCAUAUGCACUAUUGUCGGAUACUCUAUUAAAACCCAGAUGAAUAAAUGUCUGGGUGAAAAGCCGUUCAAAGCAACCACCUACCACAUUUGUCCUCAAUCUUAUUUUUGGUGUAAGCCCUUGUGAAAUAAUGCGAUCUGUACUUAAUCACUCUUUGCAGUUAAUAGCUUCAACAUGGAUGUGAUUUAUAUGCAAUUCAAGCAGAGAUUUCAUUUUCCUACCUCUUGAGUUCUUUAAACUUUGUGUUUUUGGCACAUAGACGAGAGAGUAUCAAGUUUUUUACAAAAAGGUAGUAAUGGAAAAUAUGUAAGUGGUAUGCAGUAUCCCGAGAUGCUAUAAAAUUGUCCUCUAAGGGGGACACGGAUAAUUCUACCUAUUAAAUAGACUAAACGCCUUUAAAUCUAAACCUUUCAGAGGAAUGAGCCUGCUUCCUGCUCUGUGUGACACAUUUUAAAUAACGACUAUAUCAGUCUAACCCCCGCUGAGAGAAGCUGUUUGUUUUGUUCCCGUCCUGUUAUUUGCUCUACUGGCUCACAUCGAUGAUUGGCACUUCUUUGUUUUUUUGUCCUGCAGCAUCCUUACAGAGAUUCUGGACGUGCACCAGAACAUGGGAUACUGCCCUCAGUUUGACGCCAUUGAUGAGCUCCUCACCGGCAGGGAGCAUCUGUACUUGUACGCUCGUCUCAGAGGGGUACCUGAGUCUGAAAUCCCCAGAGUGAGUGGAGCUCCUGCUGCUUUACAUCUUUACCUGCCUAAAGGGGGUUUUAUCCUGAAAGGGAAUCUACUUUCAAGCUCAGCGCUGCACACAGACUUUUAUGUCUGCUUGUUAAUUUUGCUUUUGUUUUGAUCAUUGUCUCUUUCCUGCUGUUCAGUGUUUGCUCAUCUUUGUUUUAUGCUUUUCAAUUUUGCUCUAACGUUUUCACAAAGACCCCAUUUAACAGUAAGGGGUUGCCAUUUGUGGGGAAAAAAAAGGAACACAUGCAUGCUUAUCUCGUCCCCCUGUAGGUGGCAGAAUGGGGCAUCCAGAAACUGGGUUUAACCGAGUACGCCGGCCGCUGUGCAGUGACCUACAGUGGAGGCAACAGGCGCAAACUCUCCACAGCCAUCGCUAUGAUUGGCUGCCCGGCGCUGGUGCUGCUGGUGAGUCAGCCAAUGAUGAGGAGCCCAUUGUUUGGGGUUUUUGGGCUUUGUGCAGGGAUUUAUCAAUGAAAUGGUCUACAGAUCCAGAUGGGUUGCCAUAUGGGCUCAGUCAAGCCUGGCCUGUGAUGUUUUAUACAUUGGCAGGCAGAGGCGCAGUUCAAUUCAAAUUGGCAUAAAUGUGAGAUCUUUGCCAUAUGCUGAUAGAGACGAGGAUUUGAUCUCGGUUUGUAUGGAAUUAUGCGCUCAGAGAGUCAAGUCUUGUUUAUUUGCGUGUUCAGGACGAACCCACGACGGGGAUGGACCCUCACUCUCGACGCUUCCUGUGGAACGCCAUAAUGAGUGUGAUACAAGACGGCAGGGCGGUGGUGCUGACAUCACACAGGUUUGUCAUGCAAUAAUGAAACAACUCCGCUGCAAACACACCUGCUGCUGCAGCUGACAAAACAAAGUUCACUCCUCUGCCAAGAAUGUUAAUGAAACUAGUUUUCCCAUAAAGUUGAGUGAGAUUAUGACUCAUUCCUCUUACACAUGAGGCACCAGCAGUUAAAAUAAAGAUGGACUAUUGUUUUUCUCGCCAGCAUGGAGGAGUGCGAGGCCCUCUGCACUCGACUGGCCAUCAUGGUCAAUGGGACCUUCAAGUGUUUGGGCACCAUCCAGCAUCUUAAAUACAAGUGAGUGUUUUCGCAGACUUGUACAGUCCUAGGGUAGAAUUGAAAUGUUAUAUUUGUCAGACAAGCUGCACAACAAACAACGUCUGUAUUAAUACUGCAACAUCAGGAUACGAAGUUAAUGCGAACCUAAAUUCAGAAAGACUCCACAAGUUGUCUUUUAUGCUCACAGGCACCGCCCACUCACACCACCAUGUGACCAUUUAGACAACAGAUAAAGUCCUGGACAUGUCGACCAAUCAUUCACAAUAUUUACUUCCUGAGUUGCAACCAAGCCAUGGUACAUACUUGAUUCUGAUUGGUCAAGACCCUGUGACAAGAAUUUUGAAUUUUUAAGAGCCAGGUAUGCUAACAACAGAUUGACCUGAGGACAGUGGUGUGGCACACUUGAAGUUAACAAUGUCGCCUCUUUCUAUUGACAAGGUGGCAAAAGUUUCUAAUAGCAUCUGCAAAUAACAUCGAAGAAUACAUGAACAGACGAGAAAGACGUCUAUCAAACUGAAGAAAGCAGACUCAAAGAAACCACAACACAUGAUGGGCUUUUGCAGUGUUACUGGACUGGUUUAGUUAUAAAUUCUAAUGUUUACACUUGGCUGUGAAUGAAAAUAGGAAGUUGAAGGUCCUGUGAAGAACUUUUGCUUUGUGUAAAUUCUGGCGCCCCCCUGUGGACAAAGCAGUCUUUGCUUAUCUUGCACUCUGUUUGCUUGACAAACAAUCUAAUCCUGACAACUUUUAGCAGUCAAACAUCAUUUAUUCUGAGUAUUUCAUGUGAAAAGUGUAAAAAACAGGACUGUUCCUUUAGCCGCUUGGCUGACACCUACCCUCUUGUAGUAGUUUAAGGUAUUUAAAAUUACAAUAUUAAAAUUAUCAAUCAUGUUGCUGAUGGUCUUGUUUAAUUUUGGGUUAUCAUAAAAAGCCAUCAAUGUGAAUUUUAAUCCGUUUCAUAGACGUCUAAAAACUCCCCACAGGAGUUUGAGUUAUCCCUGUAGGAUGUUCAAGACUCCCUUGAUGUUUGGGUCUUAGCUCACCCUGUUGGGAUGCUGUACUGUGAACCACCUGCUCACUAUAACCAAUUAUAUGAAGGCCAAACUAGCUGUCAACUAUCCUUGGAUUAGGGUGUUUCUUCUGUGUGCUAGCAGGAUGAGAGAGAGGAGUAAGGAGGAAGUGUUUGAUGAGACCUCGUGGUGAAAAAGUUGGAGUAACUUUGGUGUAAAACUCUUCGAUAUGUCAAACAACAAAUAUAUGAGAACUGUGACUUCAAUACAGUAAUCAAGCACACUUCUUACUGUGGACUGUUUUUAACUCCUGUGUCCUUGCUCCAGAUUCGGAGACGGCUACGUAGUAACCAUGAAAAUCAAGGCAGCUAAAGCGGGUUCACCCCCAGACCUGGAGCCUGUGGAGAGCUUCAUGGAGAGCUGUUUCCCCGGGGCUGUUCAGAGGGAGAAGCACUACAACACACUGCAGUACGAGAUCGCCACCUCCUCUCUAGCCAGGAUAUUUCAGCUGGUGGUGGCCAACAAAGAGAGGCUCAGCAUCGAGGACUACUCUGUUUCCCAGACAACACUGGAUCAGGUGUGUAUGACAGAUAAUAAGGGGUCUAAUUUUACAUUUAAUAACAGGAUUUCUAUAAUCAUGCGUGUUAAAAUGUAAAGCUGGACCUUUGUAAAUCUAUGAAAUCCAUUAACAUGUUUGCUUUUGUGAUAAAUUAUGCAUUGAAUUAUUAUUUGAAAGCAUUGUGACUCUAACUUACGUUCCCCUCUUUGUGUCAGUUUUUAGUUUUCCAUCCCUCUUUAAACUCCACUGUUUGAUUUCAUUUUAAAUACACAAUCCUGACAACUCUAAACCUGGAAAUUCUUAUUUACAGUCCAGGAAACAUCAUCGUUCUUUUCUGUGAAAAUUGUCGUAGUGAUUUAGUGUGUUUCUGAUUCUGUCCUUCAGGUGUUUGUCAACUUUGCCAAGCAACAAACAGGAGAGGACGAGGACCCGACGUUACACAAACGAACAGCAUGCGGGAGAAAAGACAUAAAGAUCUCACCUGUGCAGAGAAAAACAUAA